AUGCUCUCCGGGAUCCUCAUAUUUAACCAAAAGGGCGAGAACUUGAUCUUCCGCGCCUUUCGGAAUGACUGCCGCCCCCGCCUAGCCGACAUCUUCCGCAUCCAAGUGAUAUCCAAUGCCCAAGUCCGGUCGCCCAUCUUGACGCUCGGCUCGACGACGUUCAGCCAUGUCAAGCACGAGAAUAUAUACUUGGUGGCGGUGACGAAGAGCAAUGCUAAUGCGGCGCUGGUGUUUGAGUUCCUUUACCGAUUGGUGCUGUUGGGUAAGGGGUAUUUCGGCAAGUUUGACGAGGAAGCCGUGAAGAACAAUUUCGUGCUGGUGUAUGAGUUGUUGGAUGAAAUUCUGGAUUUUGGGUACCCGCAAAACACGGAGACGGAUACGCUUAAAAUGUACAUCACCACCGAAGGCGUCAAGUCUUCCCUUACGAAAUCGCCCACGGAUUCCUCGCGCAUCACGAUGCAAGCUACCGGUGCGCUCUCAUGGCGUCGCUCGGACAUCAAGUAUCGCAAAAACGAGGCCUUUGUCGAUGUUAUCGAGGACGUCAACCUGCUCAUGUCUGCCACGGGCACCGUGCUCCGCGCGGACGUCAACGGCCAGAUUAUCAUGCGGGCUUACCUGACUGGGACACCGGAAUGUAAAUUCGGGCUAAACGAUCGGUUACUACUCGAUAAUGAUGACGGAGCAGGCGAUGGGCGCAGAGGACGCGCGAAACCUACGCGCGCGGCAGCGGGGGGUGUCACGCUUGAAGAUUGCCAGUUUCAUCAAUGUGUAAGGCUGGGACGAUUCGAUGCGGAUCGGAUAAUCUCCUUUGUGCCCCCCGACGGGGAGUUUGAGUUGAUGCGGUAUCGAGCCACGGAGAACGUCAAUCUGCCCUUCAAAGUUCAUCCCAUUGUGAGGGAAAUCGGGACUACCAAAGUUGAAUAUAGCAUUGCUAUAAAGGCGAAUUAUGGAACGAAGUUGUUUGCUACAAAUGUUAUUGUCCGCAUCCCCACACCGCUCAACACUGCCAAAGUGAGUGAGCGUACGACCCAAGGCCGCGCAAAGUAUGAGCCGGAGCAGAAUAAUAUCGUGUGGAAAAUCGCGAGGUUCUCCGGGCAGAGCGAAUAUGUGCUCACUGCGGAAGCGACACUGACCAGCACAACGUCGCAGAAAGCAUGGAGCCGCCCUCCUCUCAGUCUAGGGUUUAACCUGCUCAUGUUCACCAGUAGCGGUUUGCUGGUGAGGUAUUUGAAAGUAUUUGAGAAGAGCAACUAUAGCAGUGUGAAAUGGGUGAGAUAUAUGACGAGAGCGGGCAGUUACGAAAUAAGGUACGUGGCAUCCGCUUGCUUUGCAUCAUGCCUUUUUCUCUAG